CGUAAAGCAGGAAUUGUUUCAGGAAGUAGUGGUGUGUUGGCAUUUUGGAGAAAUUUGGAUCGAAGUACAUCUAAACAGACAUUUCAACGGCUCUGCUUCUCACGUACGUCAACCAGGGGAAGUAUAAUGCAGAGGAACAUCGCCUAAAUAACUCGUUUUCUCGACUAAAAGGAUAACUACAGCCGAAGAAGGAUGGGCAAGAAGGAUGCCGGUGCCACCAAGUUACCAGUUGAUCAAUACAGAAAGCAGAUCGGCAAGCAGGACUACAAAAAGACAAAAUCUGUCUUAAAGGCGACACGAUUGAAAGCUGAAGCAAAGAAAAACUCCUCCGGAUUUAGGGAUGCCUUCCUGGUUGUUGCAGCGAUUUUGUUCUUUGUGCUCUGCGUUUACGCCUUCUUCUACCUGAACCUGAGCACAGAGAUCAACCUGGAUCUGGACAUGGAUUAACGAGUUGUGGUCAGCAAACCAAAGCCUUUGAUUCUUUCCUUUUAUGGCCGAAGACCAAUAUGUGAAGUAGACGACGCCUUUUGCAAAUUUGAUAGUUACCGCUCAUUCAGACCCAGGUAUAAUUCCCCUCAGCUUUGGCUGUUUGAAUAUGGCAAGCAGUCAUAUUCUACACUUUAUAUGCAGUAAGGAGACUGUGACUCUGUGGGGGGUAAACACAUCAAACGUUUGCAGUUUCUCGGGUUUGGUUAAUUUUUACAGUCAUAUUUGCUGUUUAGCCUUGGAACAGUUUGUCUUCAUCCUCUUAAUUCAAAAGUAUUUUUGAAUUUGAAUGAAAUUUUAGUACUUAUACUCUGGAAUACAAGUGUAUUGAUUAGUUUUUUUCUGGGUCAAUACUAUUUUUGUUUUGUUUUUUUGUCGUUUUUCUCUGUGUGGUUUGGUUUUUUUGAUUCUGACCAAUCUCUGCUUUUCGAAGGACUAAAACUCAAACCCUUGUUUUGUUUCAACAGCUGAAUGUAAACUUUUUACAAAGUAGAUUUGUACAAGAAAUGUACAUUUAAAAAAAUAUAUAUUUUAAUUGUCAUGCAUUCAAUGAAUAAAUUGCGAAAGAAAUUCAAAUUUUCAGUAUCUGAACAAGCGACAAACUUAAAGAGAGGACUUCCAGUCGCUACGCCGAUUGAUUGGUGCGUCACUUCUGCAAUAAUUCCCCUGCUAAAUCUUCAUCCAGCAAAGACAAUGAGCUUCUUUUUACACCUCUGAGCCGUGCCAGUCAUACCCCGCGCAGUCACGUCCCUUUGUUUUCCACCGCUAAUAGAAAAAUGUAAAUCUGCCGCUGCUGCAGCUACAGACAAAACCCCCUUCCUCACAUUCCAGUGCACAAAGCUUUCCUCGUGGAUAUCUCGAGAUCACAAAGUGUGAGAUUAGAAUCCACAAAGCCCUCGUCCUGAUUGAACAUGUGCGCAGAAUACAGAACGCCACGGUGCACCUGCUGCACGCAGGCAGACGCGUACAGGAGAACUGCUGCAAAUGCAAUCCUGUUCUUUUAUUUAAACUGAAAUUAAAGUGCUUAAAGAGUGGAGCAGAGAACCCAGAAUUGUUUUCUUUUCCCUUUUUAUUUGUAUUAAGCGAUAUGAAGGUUGUCCAGAACUUUAUUUUUUUUUCUACCACUUCUCUCUUUAUGCAUCUGGGCUCCAAGAUGUAAGGAAUUCUCCUAUUCUGUUUUGUUAGCAAGAAAGUAAGUAGUCAAGGGUUUCUGAUGAUGGUUUUUCUUGGAAAAGUUUUUUUUUCCGCUUGCUUCUUUAUUAUAUUUUUUGCAAAAUACACAAAAGGCAAUACCAAAUACAUAAGCAGCCUCUCAUUCCUAACCUUUUUUUCUUCUUCUUUCCAAUUGAAUGAAGGUCUUAAAGUCUGAGUCUGAUUGUGUUCUGCUGCUGAAAUGCCUUGUGAAAUGUGAGACAGAUUUUCCAGCUCUCAGCUUAUGUUUUCUCCCACAACCUUGCGACCUCUUGUAAAAAAAAAAAAAAGACUACAUGUCAAAGAAACCAUUAUGAUUAGAACACACUCGUACCCUCAACUGUGGGGGGGGGGCUUUUAUCACGCUUUGGUACAUCGGGACCCUCCUCCUCCUGCACUGCGACUCGCUCACAUGUGUAACAAUGGAGAGCCGUGACUAAUAGACCUUCAAACAUGACACCUGUUAUCUAAAAGCUCACCAUUACAGCUACAAGAGCUCUGACAUCAGAAUAAUGGAAAGACUGUGUGCUUUUUUUUUGUAUUGGUUCCGAUGAUAUGUUUAAUAUUUGUGUAAUGGUUUCUGCUAUUGUUAAGCCUGUUAGAAGAGUGCAUGAACAUUAGUGGGGGGGUUUUUAAAGGGGUUGUGAAUAUUUGGAUUUUCUCAAAUUUUCUACUGUGGAAUGUAAAUUGAUCUGCUGUUAAAUAAAUAUAAAAAAAAUACUG